GAGCUGGGGCUGCAGGGAGGGAGAGAAGCCGAGAGGCUUCAGUCUGACAGUAGAGGGAGUGGAGUCGAGGGAGAAAGCAGUUCUCUCCCUCUCGGUCUUGACGUUGGUCUUACACUCGCAGGUCGACGAGGUUUCCAGGUGCUUCGCAGCGGCGCACACACGGGCUGACGGGGUGACCAUGAGCUCCAUCUGUCCCGCCUGUGCGCAGAAGAGGCCUUUGCCAGUUUGUGGUGUGACGGCGUGUGUGUGAGGCGGCACCAUGGCCGCAAUGAUCCCCCCAGUGAAGCUGAAAUGGCUGGAGCACCUGAACAGCUCCUGGAUCGCUGAGGACAGCGAAUCCAUCUCCACACGUGAGGGCGUGGCCUUGCUCUACUCCAAGCUCCUCGCCAACAAAGAGGUGGUGCUGCUCCCCCAGCAGGUGCUAUGCUUAAAAGGUCCCCAGCUGCCGGACUUUGAGCGAGAAUGUCUGUCCAGUGAUGAGCAAGAGCACUACCUGGACGCGCUGUUGGCCAGCCAGCUGGCUUUGGCCAAAACCGUCUGCUCCGACUCGCCAUUCGCUGCCGCCCUACGCAAGCGCCUUCUAGUCCUGCAACGGGUCUUUUAUGCACUUUCCAACAAGUACCAUGACAAAGGCAAAGUCAAACAGCAGCAGCACUCACCUGAGAGCACACUGAGCUCUGCCGAGUUGCAGGCGGUCAGCGAGCGGCCCCGCUCCAGCACAGACGCACUUAUAGAGAUGGGUGUGCGGACAGGUCUCAGUCUGCUCUUUGCUUUACUCCGACAGAGCUGGACGCUGCCACCCACCGGGCCUGGCCUUAACCUCUGUAAUGAUGUCAUCACUACCGCCAUUGAGGUGGUUGGCUCCUUGCCGCCACUCUCGCUGGCAAAUGAAAGCAAGAUUCCACCCAUGGGCUUGGACUGCUUGGCCCAGGUGACCACGUUCCUGAAGGGGGUGACCAUGCGGCACUCGGGAGCAGAUGUGGUGGGCAGGAGGCUGGCAUGUGAGCUGCUCCUUGGACUGGCAGCUCAGCGGGGCUCCCUACGCUACCUGCUGGAGUGGGUGGAGAUGGCGCUGGCCGCCUCGGCAGGAGUCAGUAGCCUGGAGCCCAGCCAGGCUGUGCAGAGCCAGGAGGGCCUGAUGGGAUAUGAUUGCUUUAUGAACAUUCUCAUGCAGAUGAGACGCUCACUGGGUUCAUCUGCAGACCGGAGCCAAUGGAGGGAGCCAACCCGCACACCAGACGGGCUGUGCUCCCUGUAUGAGGCUGCACUCUGUCUGUUUGAAGAGGUUUGUCGCAUGGCAUCGGAUUAUUCAAGGACAUGUGCAAGUCCAGACAGCAUCCAGACGGGCGAGGCAGCCAUGGUGUCUGAGACAUGUGAGGUGUACGUCUGGGGCAGUAACAGCAGCCACCAGCUUGUGGAGGGAACUCAAGAGAAGAUCCUCCAGCCUAAACUAGCACCCAGUUUCAGUGACGCACAGACGAUUGAGGCUGGUCAGUACUGCACUUUCGUCAUCUCUUCCGACGGCUCUGUUCGGGCAUGUGGGAAAGGGAGCUACGGCCGCCUAGGACUGGGGGAUUCUAACAACCAGUCCACUCUUAAGAAGCUAACCUUUGAACCCCAUCGCGCUAUUAAGAAGGUUUCAUCAUCCAAGGGCUCGGAUGGUCACACGCUGGCAUUCACGAGUGAAGGGGAGGUGUUCAGCUGGGGUGAUGGAGACUAUGGCAAACUGGGUCACGGCAACAGCUCUACACAGAAAUACCCCAAACUCAUACAAGGACCCCUCCAAGGAAAGGUGGUGGUGUGUGUGUCAGCAGGCUACAGACACAGUGCAGCUGUUAGUGAGGAUGGGGAGCUGUACACAUGGGGAGAAGGUGACUUUGGAAGACUAGGCCAUGGGGACAGCAACAGCAGGAACAUUCCCACACUUGUAAAAGAUAUCAGUAACGUGGGCGAAGUGUCCUGCGGGAGUUCUCACACCAUCGCGCUGUCGAAAGACGGCCGAACUGUCUGGUCCUUUGGAGGGGGAGACAAUGGUAAGCUUGGCCAUGGUGACACUAACCGUGUUUACAAACCUAAAGUGGUGGAGGCUCUGCAGGGCAUGUUCAUCCGAAAAGUGUGUGCAGGCAGCCAGUCUUCUCUGGCCCUUACCUCCACUGGACAGGUGUAUGCAUGGGGGUGUGGAGCCUGUCUAGGAUGUGGGUCGUCUGAGGCCACUGCUCUAAGGCCAAAGUUAAUUGAGGAGCUGGCCACCACCAGGGUUGUGGACAUCUCCAUAGGAGACAGUCAUUGCCUUGCACUGUCACAUGACAAUGAAGUCUAUGCGUGGGGUAACAACUCCAUGGGCCAGUGUGGACAAGGUAAUUCUACCGGUCCCAUUACCAAACCCAAGAAGGUCAUCGGUUUAGAUGGAGUGGCCAUUCAGCAGAUUUCUGCUGGCACCUCUCACAGCUUGGCCUGGACUGCCCUCCCUAGAGACAGGCAAGUGGUGGCAUGGCACAGGCCUUACUGUGUAGAUCUGGAGGAGAGCACUUUUUCUCAUCUGCGGUCAUUCCUGGAGCGAUAUUGUGAUGGCAUCAAUAAUGAGGUUCCCCCACUGCCUUUCCCCUCAUCCAAAGAGCAUCAUAACUUCCUAAAGCUGUGCCUGAGGCUGCUGUCCAAUCACCUGGCUUUGGCACUGGCCGGAGGUGUGGCCACAAGCAUCCUGGGCCGACAGGCACGUCCUCUCCGCAACUUGCUCUUCAGAUUAAUGGAUGCCUCAGUGCCUGAUGAAAUUCAGGAGGCGGUCAUUGAGACACUGUCUGUUGGUGCCACGAUGUUGCUGCCUCCACUGAGGGAGAGAAUGGAACUUCUACAUUCACUUCUUCCUCAAGGACCUGAUCGCUGGGAGAGCCUCUCCAAAGGACAGAGGAUGCAGCUGGACAUCAUUCUGACCAGUCUCCAGGAUCACACCCAUGUAGCAUCUCUGCUGGGCUACAGCUCUCCCCCUGAUGCCUCAGAGCCCUUGACGCUGCCCUCAGACUCCACACACACCCCUGGCACUCACCCAGAAACGCACCCUGAUACACACCUUGCAGAGAUCCUCAUGAAGACUUUACUCAGGAACCUUGGCUUCUACACGGACCAGGCGUUUGGAGAGUUGGAGAAGAACAGUGAUAAACAGCUGCAGGGCACAUCUUCAUCAGACAGCAGCCAGCCAGCCCACCUUCAUGAACUUCUCUGCUCUUUACAGAAACAGCUACUGGCCUACUGCCACAUUAACUCCGUUACAGAGGGCUCCAGUAGUGUGGCUCUUCUCCAUAAACACCUGCAGUUGUUGUUACCUCACGCCACAGAUAUUUUCACUCGCUCAGCUAUGCUUCUGAGAGAAAGCUCUGGAAAUGGGAGUGUGCGUGAGAAACUACGGGAUGUGAUCUACGUGUCUGCGGCUGGCAGUAUGCUGUGUCAGAUUGUGACAUCUUUGCUGUUGUUACCUGUGUGGGUGGCCCGGCCGCUGCUGAGUUACCUGUUAGACCUUCUGCCUCCGUUAGACCGUCUCAACAAACUACUGCCAGCUGCAACCCCAUUAGAGGACCAAGAGCUGCAGUGGCCCCUUCAAGGAACCCCAGAGCUAGUGGAGCCGGUAUGUGUGUGUGUGUCCGGUCCAGCGCAGUGCUGGGUGUGGCUGGUUGACCUGGAACGCACAGUGGCUUUACUCGUUGGCCGCUGCCUUGGCGGGAUGCUGCAGGGCGCCGCACCUUCACUAGAGGAACAGCAUACGGCAUACUGGCUUAAAACCCCACUAUUUAGCAACGGCCUAGAGACAGACAUACCACAGCUAGACACAUGCAUCAGCUCUCUGCUAGAGGUGGCUCUGUGUGGGAAUGAAGAGCAGAAGCCUUUUGACUGUCCGCUGCGUGCUGACAUGAGUGUACUAGUGGACCUGGCCCUUGGCUCAACCAAGGAACCCACACACAGCCUGUGGACCAACAUGCAGGACUAUGCAAUCAGCAAAGACUGGGACAGUGCAUCUCUGAGUAAUGAGGCUCUGUUGGACACGGUGUCCCGCUUCGUUCUGGCAGCCUUUCUGAAACACACAGGGCUGCUGGGUCAGGCCUGCGGAGAGGGCAGGUAUCAGCCGUGUAAGCUGUUAGCCGAAGUGUACCGCAGUGUUUAUAAGGUGCGGAAUCGCCUACUGGCCUGCAAAAACAUGGAGCUGACUCAGACUCGUUCAUCAUCCAGAGAGCGCAGGAUCUCGGAUAACAUAGAGUCAGUGGAGCUGGACCCACAGGAGCACUCCUUUACCCGCACCAUUGAUGAAGAGGCCGAGCUGGAGGAGCGAGCUGACCGAGAGAGAGACCGAGAGGAGGGCCAUCAGGAGCAAGAGGAGGAGGAGGAGGAGAGAGAGCAUGAAGUCAUGACCGCAGGGAAAAUCUUUCAAUGUUUCCUCUCAGCACGGGAGGUGGUUAGGGGCCGAGAGCGAGACCGUGCAGGCAGCGUCAGCGUCCAGGAGGAGCCUGUUCAGCCUGGACAAGAGCGCAAGAACAGCACCGUCAUACAGGAGGGGCAAGACCUAUACACCACCGCCUGCAAUGGCAUCAUCCACCGCUGCGCUAUGCUUCUUUUGGCCGUCAGUCCGCCACUCACGCAACAGACCAAUCAGCAGCUUCCCUCAGGUAGUGCCACACAGGAGGGAAGUGGAUUUAUGACGAGGAGUGAGAGCUUGUCUGCUGAAAGCCGGUCCAUUCAAAGCAGUCCAAGUUACAGACUUACUAAAUCCCGGAGUGAGUCUGACCUCUCACAACCAGAGUCUGAUGAAGAAGGAUAUUCAUUGAGUGGCAGGAGGAAUGUUGACCUGGAUUUGGCGUUCACCCAUAAAAAGAGAGUGUAUGUUCUCCUAUUUUAUCAAAUGAGUCCAAGAAAUAAAAGGAACAAGCAAGUACCUGAUGGUCUUCUCCAUAGUACUCCAGAUUCAUCUGCUGACUGGGUUGGUGGGCGUUCAGGCCGGGAGCGCCUGUACAGCUCCCCUCAGUCCUAUGAAGAGUCUGACCUGGACCUGAGCCACACACUGGGCAUCCAUGCCCUUAUCGACAACAUUGUCAGCUUUGUCAGUGGUGAUGUGGGCAGUGUGCCUACGUUCAAGGAGCCGGAGGAGAGCAUGUCCACCAGCCCACAAGCUACCAUUAUAGCCAUGGAGCAACAGCAGAACAGGGCAGAGCUGCGUCUAGAGGCCCUUCAUCAGAUCGUAGUGUUGAUCUCUGGAAUGGAGGAAAAGAGUAGCCAGGCUGGAACAGGGACCGUGACUGGGCAUGUUGGCCCCGCCUUUCACUCUGCUUCGCUACUGACAUCGGUCCGACUGCAGUUCUUGGCAGGAUGCUUUGGCCUAGGUGCAGUCAGUAAUGGGGGACUUAAGGGUGAGAGUGUCCAGCUGCACCACUACCAGGAUGGUGUUCGAGCUGCUAAAAGAAAUUUACAAAUGGACAUUCAGACGGCAGUGCACAAAAUCUACCAGCAGCUUUCAGUCACAUUAGAAAGAGCCCUGCAAGCCAACAAGCAUCAUAUAGAGGCCCAGCAGCGGCUGUUGUUGGUGACGGUCUUUGCUCUAAGUGUGCGUUACCAGCCUGUGGAUGUGUCAUUGGCGAUUUCCAGCGGGCUGUUAGAUGUGCUUUCUCAACUGUGUGGCAAGGAGACCCUUCUGGGACAGACCCUGCAACUCCUACACAAGCCCACUGGCUCCCAGCUCAGCACAGCCCUCAAGGUGGCCAGCACAAGACUACUGCAAAUACUCGCCAUCAGUACUGGGACAUACGCAGACAGGUUGAGUCCCAAGGUUGUUCAGGCCCUGUUGGAUCUGCUGUGCAGUCAGCUAAAGACUCUGCUGUCCCAAGCUGCGGGCAGUGUGCCGAGUGUAAGCCCAGACCACGAGGAGAAAACAGAUGAUUCUGCGGACGCCCAGAAAAAAGACUUCCGAGCAUUACUGCGUAAGCAGCACACGGCUGAGCUGCAUCUGGGUGACUUUCUGGUGUUCCUGAGGAGGGUUGUGUCUUCCAAAGCUAUCCAGUCCAAGAUGGCCUCACCAAAAUGGACUGAAGUCUUGCUCAACAUUGCAGCUCAGAAAUGCUGCUCAGGUGUUCCGCUGGUGGGUAAUUUGAGGACACGGUUGCUGGCCUUGCAUGUGCUGGAGGCUGUGCUUCCUGCCUGUGAGAGUAGUGUUGAAGACCAUCAAAUGACCCAGGUGGUAGAAAGGUUGUUUUCUCUGCUGUCUGACUGCAUGUGGGAAGCCCCAGUAGCUCAGGCCAAACACACCAUUCACCUGAAGGAGAGAGAGCAGGAGCUCAAACUCCACGGUGAGGCAGAAGAGGAAGAGGAGAACCUACCUAUCCAGGAAGUGACUUUUGACCCAGAGAAGGCUCAGUGCUGUGUGGUGGAGAGCGGGCAGGGUCUGACGCACGGCAGUGGGGGCAAAGGGUACGGCCUGGCAGCCACAGGUAUAUCCUCAGGCUGCUACCAGUGGAAGUUUUACAUAGUGAAGGAGAACCGCGGUAAUGAAGGCACAUGUGUGGGUGUGUCCCGCUGGCCCGUGCACGAUUUCAACCACCGCACUACAGCCGACAUGUGGCUAUACCGCGCCUACAGUGGCAACCUCUACCACAAUGGAGAGCAGACACUUACUCUGUCCAGCUACACGCAGGGGGACUAUAUCACCUGCGUGUUGGACAUGGAGGCCCGCACUGUGUCUUUUGGCAAAAAUGGAGAGGAGCCCAAGUUGGCCUUUGAAGAUGUGGAUGCUACAGAGCUCUACCCCUGCGUGAUGUUCUACAGCAGCAAUCCAGGAGAAAAGGUCAAAAUCUGUGACAUGCAGAUGAGAGGCACCCCCCGUGACCUUUUGCCCGGUGACCCUAUUUGCAGCCCUGUGGCCACUGUCCUGGCUGAAGCCACCUCACAGCUGGUGCGAAUCCUGCACCGCUCUGACCGCUGGACACAGACCAUUAACCGCUGUAUGCUGCAGCGGCUUCAGCAGAUCAGGGGCUGUCUGCGGGACGGUGGGCCACCGCCAGGGGGUUACAAGCUACGCAAGAGCCGAUCUGUCCAGAGCCGCGAAGAGCAAGACGAGAGAGAGGAGGAGAGGGACGAGGAGAGAGGGAGGAGCAGUCGUCAUGCCUCGGUGGAGCUGUCAGAGGCGCAUCUGCGAACUCUGUGCAGUCAGGUUUGGCCCGUGCUGGCUGUGAUCGGAGGUACGGAUGGUGGACUGAGGGUCGGAGGCCGCUGUGUGCACAAACAGACUGGGAGACACGCCACCCUGCUGGGGGUGGUGAAGGAGGGCAGCACGUCGGCCAAAGUGCAGUGGGACGAAGCAGAGAUUACCAUCAGCUUCCCCGCUUUCUGGUCACCUAGUGACACGCCGCUAUACAACUUGGAGCCAUGCGAGCCGUUGGCCUUUGAUGUGGCGCGCUUCCGAGGCCUGACAGCCACCUUGUUGCUGGACCUCACAGCUCUGGCCUCGCUGCAGGAUGACGGUGCCAAGCCCUCUUCGUCGUCCUCUUCCUCCCGUCGCCACGAACGGCGGCACCGCCAUGAGUCCCAUGAUCCAGAGCGGGAGGGUGAGGGGCGGUCAGAGGGCCGAGAGGGGACGGGUGACCUGCGUGUCUCCCACAGCCUGGACGAGGUGCGUGCCCACGCUGCAUGCAGCCCCCGCACAGAGCCGCAGGAGCUCACAGCUCCGCGGGGAAGCGCGCAGGAGGCAGCAGCACUAGCAGAAGUGCAUGCAGUGCAGCUCUCCUACUUAUACCUAGGUGCCAUGAAGACUCUGAGCGUGCUCCUGAGCUGCAGCAAGUAUGCAGAGCUCCUGCUCAUUCCUAAAGUGAUACCUGACAGCGGGCACAAUGCUGACUGCGGCAGUCCAGGCGUCAGCGUCUCACAGGAGGAGGCAGAGAUGCGCUCAGCACUGCAGUUUCUCAUGAGGCACAUGGUGAAACGGGCAGUGAUGAGGUCGCCCAUCAAGCGGGCUCUGGGACUAGCUGACCUGGAACGGGCACAAGCUAUGAUCUACAAACUGGUGGUCAAUAGUCUCCUGGAGGAGCAGGGUGGAGGCAGAGCCAAACCACUGGAUACAGAGUGUGAAGAGCUGGAGGGGGAGCACCAGUUCCAGACUCCAGUCACCACUUCCCCUUCAGCUUCCAGCAGCACCUCCUUCAUGAGCUCCUCCUUAGAGGACACCACCACAGCGACAACCCCAGUUACCACAGCAACCACGCCGGUUACAGAUGCCGAGACUGCACCAGCCUCUGAGUCACCAGGAGUUAUGCCUCUCAGCCUGCUCAGGCAAAUGUUCUCCAGCUACCCCACAACCACUCUGCUGCCAGCACGCCGAGCUCAGACCCCUCCAGUCUCAUCUUUACCCACCUCUCCAUCAGACGAACAUGGCCGCAGACAGAGCCUCACCUCCCCUGAGUCUCAGCCUGCCAGAACCACCAACAGGACAGCACUGUCAGACCCCAGCAGUCGCCUGUCCACAUCUCCUCCUCCACCUGCCAUCGCUGUGCCUCUGCUUGAGAUGGGAUUCUCACUUAGACAAAUUAUGAAAGCUCUUGAGGCUACAGGUGCACGGGGUGAGGCAGAUGCUCAGAACAUCACUGUGCUGGCCAUGUGGAUGAUUGAGCACCCUGGCACUGAAGAUUCAGAGGAGCCCCAUCCUGCCACUCCUGACUCCUGCUCAGGAGCAGCUGGAGGCAAGAGUGCAGACAGAAGUUACCUCCGCUCUCCUGGAGAUAUCCCCAGUGCUGACGCCCCCGAGAUGGAGGAAGGGUUCAGUGAGAGCCCUGAAGGACUAGAUCAAGACUCUGCCUCUGCCUCCACUGGCCAUGCCCCCAGAGGGCGCUCAGCAGCCAGUAGGAAGCAUCGCUUUGACCUUGCGGCACGUACUUUAUUGGCUCGUGCAGCUGGGCUAUACCGCUCAGUGCAGGCCCACCGCUCUCAGGUACGGAGGGAGGGCCCUGGCCUGCAACAAGACCCUGGCUCUCUGGGAGGUCUGUAUGACUUCAACCUAGAUGAGGAAUUGGAGCUGGAGCUGGACCAGGAGGCCAUGGAGGCCAUGUUCACCCAGGAGCUGGCCUCCGACUCGGACAUACUGGGAAUGUGGAUCCCGGAGGUACUGGAUUGGCCAACAUGGCAUGUGUGUGAAUCGGAGGACCGUGAGGAGGUGGUGGUGUGUGAGCUUUGUGAGGCAAAUGUGUCCUGCUUCAACCAGCACAUGAAAAAGAGCCAUCCAGGCUGUGGGCGCAGUGCCAACCGACAGGGUUACCGCAGUAACGGCUCCUAUGUGGAUGGUUGGUUUGGGGGCGAAUGCGGGAGUGGGAACCCCUACUACCUCCUCUGUGGAAACUGCAGGGAGAAGUACCUCAGUAUGAAAACCAAGACCAAAGGAGCCUUGCCGGAGAGGUAUAAGGGUCAAGCUCCAGACUUGCUGGGAAAGCAAGACAGUGUCUAUGAAGAGGACUGGGACAUGCUAGAUGUGGAUGAGACUGAGCGGUUGACGGGAGAGGAGGAGUUUGAGCUGCUCUCUGCACCACUGGGACUCAGCGAACGCAGACUUGUUCCUGAGCCUGUUCAUUUCCCUGACACCGAUCCUCUCGGUGCAUCUGUUGCCAUGGUUACUGCCACUAACAGCAUGGAGGAGACUCUUCUGCAGAUAGGCUGCCAAAGUUCAGUGGAUAAGGGCUCCUCUGGCCGAAUGUCUCUGGGGGAGCAGGCAGCAGGGCUGCAGAGUUCAGCUGAUCGCCUGGUGGCUUUGAGGAGAGUUACAGCAGCCGCGCAGGUCCUGCUGGCUAGGACCAUGGUCAUGAGAGCACUCUCCCUGCUGUCAGUCAGCGGCUCCAGCUGCAGUCUAGCAGCUGGACUGGAGUCUCUGGGUCUCACAGACAUUAGGACCCUGGUACGCUUGAUGUGUCUGGCUGCAGCCGGUCGUGCUGGUCUCUCCACCGGCCUUGCCUCAGGCCCUGGAACCUCAGAGCGGCCCAGAGGAGCCAACAAGCCCACCAAACCCAUUUCGUGCCUGGCCUACCUUAGCACUGCUGUGGGCUGCCUCGCCUCCAAUAGCCCCAGUGCUGCCAAACUGCUGGUCCAGCUGUGUACCCAGAACCUGAUCUCAGCAGCCACAGGGAUGAACCUCACCACAGUGGAUGAUCCCAUCCAGAGGAAGUUUCUGCCCAGCUUCCUGCGGGGUGUGGCUGAGGAGAACAAGCUGGUGACAUCACCCAACUUUGUGGUGACCCAGGCCCUGGUGGCCCUUCUAGCUGAUAAGGGAGCCAGGCUGAGACCUGGUUAUGACAAGGCUGAACUAGAGAAAAGAGGGUUAAUAUCCUCUCUCUAUGCCCACCCUUCCUUUGCCCUCCCUGCUGUAGGCCCAUUGGAGCUGGCCAAUGCGCUGGCGGCGUGCUGCCUUUCAUCUCGCCUCUCCUCACAGCACCGUCAAUGGGCUGCACAGCAGCUGGUGCGUACACUGGCUGCGCAUGACAGGGAUAAUCAGAGUCGACCACAGACCUUCGCUGACAUGGCCGGAGACCUGCGCAAGUGCUCCACCAUCAAGCUAGAGGCUCACCAGGGCAGGGUAAUCUCCUGUGGGUGGUGCAAUAAAAAAGGUUUGCUGGCCACCAGUGGGAAUGAUGGAACAGUCCGUGUGUGGAACGUGACCAAAAACCAGUACACUCUGCAACAGACAUGCGUCUUCAACAAAAUAGAUGGUUCCACUGAUGAGUGUGUAAGUGGACUGGGGUCUCCAGGUGAGCCAGGCUUGGCACCAGUGGCCUGGAGCGUGAGUGGGAAGUUCCUCGCUGCUGCCAUGGAGAAAAUGAUCAACAUCUGGCAGGUCAAUGGUGGUAAGGGCUUGCUGGACAUCCAGCCUCACUGGGUGUCAUCGUUGGCAUGGCCAGAAAAUGAGCCAGGGUGUCUGUGGGCUGGGGAACCACAUGAGCUUCUGUUGGUUGGCCGCAUGGAUGGAACCCUAGGCCUACUUGAAGUUCUAGAUGCCUCUAACAUGCAAAGAACCGAACUGCAACAUUGCUACAGAAAAGACGUUGCUGUUAUGCACAUUGCAUGGUACAGUGAGGACCGUCCCUUCGCUGUAGGCUAUGCUGAUGGAAAGCUCCUGAUUGGCUCCAAAGAACCACUAGAGAAUGGGUCAGUGGUGGUCAUUGACGCUCACAAGGAGAGCAUCAGUUUAUUGCGUUGGGCUCCAGGUGGCCAAAUUCUGUUAAGCUGUGCCAAAGAGGAGACGGUGCAUCUGUGGACAGGGUCUGGAGCAGGUUUAGGACGGAGCUGGGCUUGUAUUCAGAGCAUCACUCACCCCACUAUUGUGAAUGCUGUUGCUUGGUGCCACCUGCCUGGGCAAGGACCCAAGGCACUGAAUAUGUUGGCCACGUGUUGUCAGAAUGGACUUGUGUCUGUAUGGACAGUGCCUCAGGAUCCUUCAUCCUUCUCCCAGUCCAGCUCAGCCAGCUCAGAGGCGUGGUGGGAAACAGAGUCAAAGUCUAAACCUAGGCUGGCACCACGGCGAUGUGAGGCAGCAACAUGUGUGUUCCAGCUGCGAGGUCACAUGACCCCAGUUCGGACAGUAGCAUUCAGUCCUGAUGGUCUGGCUUUGGUGUCUGGCGGUGUUGGAGGACUCUUGAACAUCUGGUCUCUACGGGAUGGCUCAGUACUGCAAACUGUGGUUGCUGGCUCUGGAGCCAUUCAAAACACUGUGUGGAUCCCAGAUGUUGGGGUGGCUAUCUGUUCCAACCGCUCAAAGGAUAUUCUGGUUGUCAACUGCUCCACGGAGUUCAUGACAGCUAGUCAUGUACUGGCAACCUGCCGCACUGCUCUGAAAAAACAGGGGGUUGUGGGACUAAACAUGGCUCCAUGCAUGAGGGCCUUUCUAGAGAGACUUCCCAUCAUGCUCCAGGAGCAAUACGCCUAUGAGAAGCCACACGUGGUGUGUGGAGAGCAGCUGAUCCACAGCCCCUACAUGCAGUGUCUGGCCUCUCUGGCAGUGGGGCUACAACUGGACACUCUUCUGUGCCGGCCCCCAGUCCCUCCUCAUCUGGCCCACUGUCCCGUUGAGCCAGGCUCCUCGACAUCAUCUUCCUCCUCUUCAUGGGGCAGCAGCGAGUGGUCAUGGCUUCACUGCUUCUCCACCACUGUCAAAACAGCCGAGGCACUUGCUCGUGGACACACCUUUCCAGAAUCUUUCUGCGUGCCUGAUCUGGAGCCUGUCGCAAAGGACAAGAUGGCACUUCUUAUGGACAAUAGUAAAUGGGUUCCUGGGAUGGAUGAGCAGAUAAUGGCCUGGGCCACCUCCAGACCAGAGGACUGGCACCUGGGUGGAAAGUGUGAUGUGUAUCUGUGGGGGGCGGGCCGCCAUGGUCAACUCGCUGAGGCCGGACGCAACAUUCUUGUGCCAACAGCUGCCCCUUCUUUCUCUCAAGCUCAACAGGUUGUGUGCGGGCAGAACUGCACGUUUGUGAUUCAGGCGAAUGGGACAGUAUCUGCAUGUGGAGAGGGAAGCUAUGGCCGCCUGGGGCAGGGCAACUCCGAUGACCUGCAUGUUCUCACAGUCAUCUCAGCACUGCAGGGGUUUGUAGUGACUCAGCUGGUCACGUCAUGCGGCUCUGAUGGGCACUCGAUGGCUCUGACCGAGAGUGGCGAAGUGUUCAGCUGGGGAGACGGAGACUACGGCAAACUGGGCCACGGAAACAGCGACCGACAACGAAGACCACGCCAGAUAGAGGCCAUGCAAGGAGAGGAGGUGGUGCAGAUGUCAUGUGGAUUUAAGCACUCAGCUGUAGUGACAGCGGAUGGCAAACUCUUUUCUUUUGGGAAUGGAGACUAUGGCAGGCUGGGCCUGGGUAACACCUCCAACAAGAAGCUGCCUGAGAGAGUCACUGCCCUGGAGGGCCAUCAAGUGGGUCAGGUGGCGUGUGGGCUAAAUCACACCUUGGCAGUGGCGGCUGAUGGAAUGACUGUGUGGGCUUUUGGAGAUGGAGACUAUGGGAAACUGGGUCUUGGUAAUUCAACUGCGAAAUCUUCUCCACAGAAAGUGGAUGUUCUGUGUGGCAUUGGGAUUAAGAAGGUGGCUUGUGGGACACAGUUCUCUGUGGCUUUGACCAAAGAUGGGAAUGUUUACACGUUUGGGCAAGAUCGGCUGAUUGGUCUUCCAGAGGGCCGGGCACGCAAUCACAACCGCCCACAGCAGGUCCCUGCCCUGGCAGGUGUGUUCAUCGAGGAUGUGGCGGUUGGGGCAGAGCAUACCCUCGCUCUCUCGUCCACAGGAGAUGUUUAUGCUUGGGGGAGCAAUUCAGAGGGACAGCUGGGCCUGGGUCACACAAACCAUGUAAGAGAGCCAACUCUCCUCACUGCUCUACAAGGCAAGAACAUCCAGCAGAUCUCUGCAGGACGCUGCCAUAGUGCAGCAUGGACUGCACCAUCUGUCCCACCAAGAGCACCAGGGUCGUCAGUGCCGCUGCAGUUGGGAUUGCCCAUUUGUGUGCCUCCUCAGUACAGUUCUCUGAGAGAUGUCAGCAUGGAGGCUCUGAGAGCCAGACUGCGCCUUCUCUACCACUUCUCUGACCUUAUGUAUUCCUCCUGGAGACUGCUGAACCUCAGUCCCAACAACCAGAGUUGCACUUCUCAUUAUAAUCCAGGAACAUGGGGAAUAGUUCAGGGGCAGCUGCGGCCCCUGCUGGCACCAAGGGUCUAUAUGCUCCCAAUGGUGCGGUCUAUCGGCAAAACCAUGGUGCAGGGCAAAAACUAUGGCCCUCAGAUUACUGUCAAAAGAAUCUCCACUCGAGGGCGGAAAUGUAAGCCCAUUUUCGUUCAGAUCGCUCGUCAGGUGGUCAAACUGAAUGCGUCUGACCUCAGGCUGCCAUCCCGUGCCUGGAAGGUUAAGCUGGUGGGAGAAGGGGCUGACGAUGCAGGAGGGGUGUUUGAUGAUACAAUCACUGAAAUGUGCCAGGAGCUUGAGACAGGAGUGGUUGACCUGCUUAUCCCCUCCCCUAAUGCCACAGCAGAAGUGGGCUACAACAGAGACAGAUUCCUGUUGAAUCCCUCGGCAUGUUUGGAGGAGCAUUUGCUACAGUUCAAGUUCCUGGGCAUCUUGAUGGGCGUGGCUAUCCGCACCAAGAAGCCACUAGACCUGCACCUGGCACCACUUGUGUGGAAGCAGCUCUGCUGUAUUCCACUCACAUUGGAGGACCUGGAGGAAGUAGACCUGCUCUAUGUGCAGACACUCAACAGCAUUCUGCAUCUGGAGGACAGCAGCAUCACUGAGCAGAACUUCCAUGAGAUGAUUCCUCUCGACUCAUUUGUGGGCCAGAGUGCUGAUGGGAAAAUGGUGCCCAUUAUUCCAGGAGGAAACAGCAUCCCGCUGACCUUUUCUAACAGGAAGGAGUAUGUGGAACGUGCCAUUGAGUACCGACUACAUGAAAUUGACCGUCAGGUAGCGGCAGUGCGAGAGGGCAUGUCCUGGAUUGUGCCGGUUCCUCUUCUCUCUCUGCUUACGGCGCGCCAGCUGGAGCAGAUGGUGUGCGGCCUGCCUGAGAUCAGCGUGGAGGUGCUAAAGAAGGUGGUGCGCUACCGGGAGGUGGAGGAGCAGCAGCAGCUGGUGCAGUGGUUCUGGCAGACGCUGGAAGAGUUCUCAAACGAGGAGCGAGUGCUUUUCAUGCGCUUCGUCUCAGGCCGUUCGCGUCUCCCUGCCAACACUGCCGACAUCUCGCAGCGCUUCCAGAUCAUGAAGGUGGACCGGCCGUAUGACAGUCUUCCCACCUCUCAGACCUGUUUCUUCCAGCUCCGCCUCCCACCAUACUCCAGCCAAUCAGUGAUGGCGGAGCGGCUACGCUACGCUAUCAAUAACUGCCGUUCUAUUGACAUGGACAACUACAUGUUGUCUCGCAAUGUGGACAACGCUGAGGGCUCGGACACAGACUACUAAGCCCACCAUGCACAAGGACUGACAUACAGAAAACCCUGUAUGGACCCUGUUGAAGACUCGGUGCAGGCUCUUGUCACUUUUAAACAUUCAGUGUUCUCAUACGCAUUUAAACACAUUUGAUUCAGUAUUUUUAUUUUUAAUUAAUUUCUUAGCAGUUUAAGCAAGUGGAGCUAGGGUGGGCCAGAGUAUCAAUUAGGAUAUAUUCAAUUUUCUAUCCCUCUCUUUCUCACACUCUUUCUCUUACUCUCUUACGCUCAUUCUUUAACCUCUUCUCUGUUGAUUUUUUGGCACCACCACCUUUUUCAGGGUUUUCUGCAUGAACAUGUUUAUUUAAUUUAGAAAAAAAUUUAUAAAAUGAUUUAUUGAAAAAAAAAAACAAUAUUGUACAUUGUGUAUAAUGCUUCAUUAGGAAAUUGUUUUACCUAAGUGUCCAUAUUUAUUUUGUUUUAAUUUUUGAAUUGCCUACGCCCGGUUUCAUAACAGAGACAAAUAAAUGCUUCAAUAUUA